UCCUUUUGACCUCGUCUUGUGCAGACAAACGAAUUUUAUUUUACAUUAUAAAAUUGAAAGUUAUAAUCGUAGAAUAGAUUGGUCAAUCCAAUUCUCUGGCUCUCUUUCCCCCUCUCUUCAGAGAAAUUUUCUUUGAAUGUCUUUGAUCUCUUUUUCUCUCUUUCAUUUGAAUGCAUAAAUUAAUGAAAAAUCUUUAGAUUUUUCUCAAAUUCCAGAUCUAAAUCGUAGAAGUAGUUUUCAAUCCCCCCCCCCAAUUUAGCCGAAGAGAUAUAAAAGAGGGAAGAGAUAGAGAAAUCGAACCAAAAAAAUGAUCACCAUUCCGUAUUUGACCGCUCUAACAACAUAUUUCAGCUAUGGCCUUCUCUUCGCGUUUGGCCAAUUUCGUGAUUUCUUCAGGAAAAUCUUUGACUGGUGGCAGGCUAGCAAUCUUCAGGGUUAUGCGCCGAUCUGUUUAGGACUUGAAGAUUUCUAUAUUCGACGCUUGUAUCUUCGUAUUCAGGAUUGUUUCGGAAGACCGAUAGCGAGUGCUCCGGAUGCUUGGUUUGAUGUAGUUGAGCGUUACUCCAAUGACUAUAAUAAAACAUUGAAGCGAACUGAAAAGAUAAGUAGGUGCCUUAACUUGGGAUCAUACAAUUAUCUUGGCUUUGCAGCGGCUGAUGAAUAUUGCACACCACGUGUUAUUGAUUCAUUAAAUGUAUUUUCAGCAAGCACAUGUAGUACUCGUGUUGAUGGAGGAACUACGACACUGCAUAAAGAACUGGAGGAGUGUGUUGCAAACUUUGUUGGAAAGCCUGCUGCUGUGGUCUUUGGCAUGGGUUAUGUGACAAACUCUGCUAUUCUUCCUGUCAUAAUUGGAAAGGGAGGGUUAAUUAUUAGUGAUUCAUUAAACCACAACUCUAUUGUCAAUGGUGCUCGAGGCUCAGGCGCUACCAUCCGAGUUUUUCAACAUAAUACUCCUUCUCAUUUGGAGAAGGUUCUGAGAGAACAAAUUGCUGAGGGGCAGCCCAGGACACACAGGCCAUGGAAGAAGAUAAUUGUUGUUGUGGAGGGUAUUUAUAGUAUGGAAGGUGAACUUUGUAAGCUCCCUGAGAUUGUUUCCAUAUGCAAGAAGUACAAGGCAUAUGUUUACUUGGAUGAGGCUCACAGCAUUGGGGCAGUGGGAAAAACAGGAAGAGGAGUAUGUGAACUCUUAGGAGUGGAUACUGCUGAUGUGGAUAUCAUGAUGGGAACUUUUACUAAAUCUUUUGGGUCUAGUGGUGGUUAUAUUGCUGGAUCAAAGGAACUUAUACAAUAUCUUAAGUACACAUGUCCUGCUCAUCUAUAUGCAACAUCAAUAUCACCUCCAGCUGCACAGCAAAUUAUAUCUUCAAUAAAGGUUAUUCUCGGAGAGGAUGGUUCUAGCAGAGGAGCUCAAAAACUUGCAAGGAUACGCGAGAAUAGCAACUUUUUCAGGUCAGAACUACAAAAGAUGGGUUUUGAAGUCCUUGGAGACAAUGAUUCACCUGUAAUGCCCAUAAUGCUUUACAAUCCAGCAAAAAUCCCCGCAUUUUCUCGAGAGUGCCUCAAGCAAAAUGUUGCUGUUGUUACGGUUGCUUUCCCUGCCACCCCACUACUUUUGGCCAGGGCACGAAUUUGCAUUUCUGCCUCGCAUACCAAGGAGGACCUUCUUAAAGCGUUGGAGGUUAUCAGUCAGGUUGGUGAUUUGGUGGGCAUCAAAUACUUCCCUGCAGAGCCUAAGAAGCAGCUGCAGCACCAGGAACAGCAGCCGGGGAAAGAGACGAUUAAGUUGGAGUGAUAGGUUUCCAAGACUCGGCGAAGUUGAUUUCCUGCUUUGAUUUUGAGCUGGUACUGUAGAAUUGACAUCAAACAAGCGAAUUCUUCAUCGGUUUCCAUGUUUGAUUGUUGUGAUCUCUCUGAAAAUCAGGGGGGGUUUGUUUGUAGAACCAAUAGCUUGGGUAUUCUAAGGUUUUCCUACGCGUUUGUAGCAGUGCUCCUUGCAGUGUGUUUUGGGCAUCUUCUUUGGAUUUUAGUCAAUUAAUUGAUGUAUAGGGUACCAAUUUAAUUCAAUUAUAUCAUCAUUUUUGGUUUUUGUUU